GCUCAGCAGUGAAGUCAGUCACUGUUCAGUGGAAGUUUGGUCAUGUCUGGACUGCAGGGUGUUGGACUGCUGCUGCUGUGGGGCAGCGCCUGCCUUUGGCUGCCCGGCCUGGCCCGGGGGGCUCUGGUUAUCUCCGGGGAGCAUGAAGCUCUGCAGGAGACAAGAGGAGGUGCCAAAUCACUGCAGAAAAGAAGUACAAAUGACGUCACAGUGGAGGUGUACAGUGUGAAAGUGGACUGCACUGUGACGUCUCGUUUCGCCCACACCGUCAUGACCUCCAAGGCUCGGAACAAAGCAAACCUUUCCCAGGAAAUCUUCUUCGAAGUUGAGCUGCCCAAGACCGCCUUCAUCGUCAACUUCAGCAUGGAAAUUGAAGGUCAGGUGUAUGUUGGGGAGGUGAAGGAAAAAGAGAAAGCAAAGAAACAGUAUGAGAAGGCUGUUUCCUCUGGACAGACUGCUGGACUGGUCAAGGCUUCAGGAAGAAAGAUGGAGAAGUUUUCAGUGUCCGUCAACAUUGCAGCUGAAAGUAACGUGACUUUCAUUCUGACCUACGAGGAGCUCCUUCAGAGGAAACUGGGCCAGUAUGAGAUUCUGACUCGAGUUAAACCCAAACAGCGAGUCCAGGAGUUUCAGAUUGUGACAAACAUCUUUGAGCCUCAGGGCAUUUCUCAUGUGGACACUCAUGCAACCUUCCUCACCAAUGAGCUGCUCCCCCUGGUGGAGAAAACUGUCACAAACAACAAGGCACACAUCUCUUUCUCACCAACUAUGGAGCAGCAGAGGAAAUGUCCAGAUUGUGAUGGAACACUCAUCGAUGGAGAUUUUGUCAUCAAGUAUGACGUGAACCGAGCAAAGAGUCUCGGGGACAUUCAGGUUGUGAACGGAUACUUUGUGCACUUCUUUGCUCCCCCUGACCUGCCCAGAGUCCCAAAGAAUGUGGUGUUUGUGAUUGACAGGAGCACAUCAAUGAGGGGAAGAAAGAUUAUUCAGACAAGAGAAGCAUUGCUGGCCAUCCUCAACGACCUCCACGAGGAGGACCACUUUGCCCUCAUCCUGUUUGAUAGCCAUAUUGUUUCUUGGAGAGAAUCACUUACCAAAGCAACCAAGGAAAAUGUGAAAGAAGGAAUGGAUUAUGUCAGAAAGAUACAUGAAACAGGAUCAACUAAUAUCAAUGAUGCAGUGUUGAGAGGUGUGAACAUGCUGGUCAAAGACAGGCAGGAGAAGAAGCUCCUAAAGAGGAGCAUCGAUAUGAUUAUUUUAAUGACAGAUGGAAUGCCAAAUGUUGGAGAGACCUCCCUCCCGAGGAUUCAAGAGAAUGUGCGUUCUGCAAUCGGAGGAAACAUGUCUCUGUUCUGUCUUGGAUUCGGAAAUGAUGUGGAUUAUUCCUUCUUGGAUGUGAUGAGCAAACAAAACAAAGGAGUGGCCCGCAGAAUCUUUGAGGGUUCAGAUGCAGCCGUUCAACUUCAGGGUUUCUAUGAGGAGGUGGCCAACCCUCUGCUAUCAGAGGUGGACCUGCGUUAUCCUGACAACACAGUGGACUCCCUGACUACCAACCACUACAGCCAGUUGUUUAACGGCUCAGAGAUCGUCGUGGCCGGGCGACUGAUGGACAAUGACCUGGACAACUUCCUAGUGGAAGUGUUCGGCCAGGGGUUUGAGGAGGACUUCGAGGUGCAGGGCCAGGCCAGUGCUAUGGACUGGGACAUGAUGUACCCAGAUGAGGAGUACAUCUUUGGGGAUUUCACAGAGCGUCUGUGGGCUUACCUCACCAUCCAGCAGCUCCUGGAGAAGAGCAAGAGUGAUGCUCCAGACGAGAAAGCCAACACCACAGCCAAGGCCCUAGACAUGUCUCUGCGUUACAGCUUUGUCACCCCUCUCACCUCCAUGGUGGUCACCAAGCCUGAAACUGAGGAUGGACCAGACAGCCCUCUCAUCGCUGAUAAGCUGACUGAGGAGCAAAGACAACAGGCAGAAAGAAUGAUAUAUCGAUAUGCUGCUACCCCUUCAUAUGCUUACCAGCCGCCACCACCCACAUACUUUGUGGACGGAGAUCCUCAUUUUAUGAUCGAGCUCCCUGACAGAGACGACGCCCUGUGUUUCAAUAUCAACGACAAACCAGGAACCAUUCUCAACCUGGUCAGAGACCCAAAACAAGGUAUUUUGGUCAAUGGCCAGACCAUCGGAGACAAGAAGAUUCCCCCUGAUGGUAAAAUUAACACCUACUUUUGGCGUUUUGGCAUCGUCCACCAGACUUUGGGGGUGAGGCUGGAGGUGAGCACUCGGGACAUCUCGGUGUUCCAAGAUGGCAAACGGGUCAAACUACUGUGGUCUGAUACAGCUUCUGUCAAAGGACCCAAUGUGGAUCUUCUCUUGACCAAGGAUCGCAGCCUUACAGUCACUCUAAAGGAUUCAGUCAAGUUUGUCAUCCUGCUACACAAAGUGUGGGCGAAGCACCCGUACCACCAGGACUACUUGGGUUUCUACACCUUGGACAGCCACCUCCUGUCCCCUUCUGUUCACGGCCUGCUAGGUCAGUUCUACCAUGGGAUUGCAUAUGAGCUGUCAGACCUGCGUCCAGGUGAAGUCCCAGAGAAACCAGAUGCCACCAUGUAUGUGAAAGGACAGGAGCUCAAUGUGACCAGAGGCUGGCAGAGAGACUUCAGGAGGGAUGUGAAGAACGGGGAAAAUGUUCCCUGCUGGUUCAUUCACAGUAACGGAACAGGACUUAUCGAUGGAGAUGUGACAGACUACAUAGUGUCAGGCCUUUUUAAAACUGUUUAAAAAUGGUUAAUACAUUUACCCCAGAAAAAAAAUCUAAAUCUAAUUCACACAAUAAAUAUUCAAAUCUGCCUGUACUCACACCAUGAAUGAUCUGACAUCUUGUACUGAAGCCAAACAUGCUUCAUUCACAGUAUUGUAUGGACAAUUUCACAGUUUCUAUCAUUGUAAUUGCUUAAAUCCUGCAUUGUAGUAAAUUAAAUUUUGCUUCAUGAAAUCUG